AUGUUUCAAACUACAGCUUUCUCAGGACACAAGGUGACGUCGGUCAAACAGUUUCAAGUACAAGAUUACGAAGCUUUGCUAAAGAAAAAGGCAUUCUGCGCUCAGAAGUACCACGAGAAAGAGGUAACAAGGUUUUACUAUCGCGUAUGCGAAACUUGUAUUUGUCAAAUAUGCUUAAGUAUGGAACACAAGACUCAUGAAAUAGAGCUGCUCGACAAGGCAGCGGAUGAAGAAAGAGCCAAAAUUUUGGCGGGAGUUGAAUCAAUACGACAAAAACACCAAAUGUGCAGCGAUAUUAUCCCUCAAUUCGAGGAGACAGCCGCCAAUCUUGAAGCUAAUAUCGCAAGGGCUAAACGCCAAGUCGAGCCAAGUGUCUCAAUCAGCCGAGCAAAUGAUCGCUGUGAUUCGCGAACGCGAACGCGAGGCAAUUACCACGCUCGAGAACACACGCGUGUCCCGAAUGCAGAAGUUGGAUGCCGUGAAGAAACAAGUUCAACAGCUAGAAAAACAGAUCAAACAAGCAGAAAAGUUUGCAAGUGAACUGGCUCAGAGAAGCUCGAGUGCAGACAUUAUAGGAAACAGAAAGAAUUUACAGGAACGAUUUGAAGAGCUUCGCAAAACUCAAAUGCCCGAUCUGCCUGCUGGUUCGUUUGUAAAGUUCGUGUCAACUUGUAAGCUAGAUACUUUGAGUCUCGGCAUAAUAAAAUCAACCGAGACAGACCCGAACAAAUCAACAAUUGAAGGACUGAAACAAACUUUCCAAGCUGGCGUUGAAGCAGAGAUUUCGGUUUGCCCAAAGACAAGCGAAGGACAGAUCAGUAACAAACAACAUGGGGAUCACGUUGAGGUUCAAGUGGAACCUGCUGACCAACUGGCAAGUUUGAUCGUCAACGAAGGGAACGAUGAAGCAGGCGGAAAUUUCCAAGUGAAAUUUGUUCCUAAACUGCCGGGUUUUUACCACAUCUCAGCAAAAAUAAAUGGCGACAGCCUUUCUCAAAGUCCCUUCACUAUCGAGGUACAGGAACGAAAGCUGGAAGUUGAUGAUGAGUUACACUUGCAAAAUCAAACUCUGCAAAAGCCAACUGGUGUUGCAAUGAGUAGUAAAGGAUUAAUCGCCAUAGCAGACUACGAGAAGAACUGUAUUCUAAUAUGUGAUAAAGACGGAAAGAUUGUGCGACAACUGGGUUGCAAGGGAGAGAAACCUGGGCAGCUUCACUGUCCAACUGACGUGACAUUCAUCAAUGAUGAUGAGAUUUUAGUGGCAGAUGAAUUGAAUCACCGAGUACAGCAGUUCAACGUGCACUCGGCGCAGAACUUUGAAAACAGCUUUGGACGGUAUGGGAAAGGAGAUGGGAAUUUUCACAGUCCAACAAGUGUUUGUGUGGAUGAUGAAGGAGGCAUAAUUGUAUCUGACUUUGACAAGGGAUGGUGCACCCAUUUUGAUAUUUGGAGAUAG